GCACGAUACGGUGCUUCAACGCGCAGGUUUAUCUGGCCGUGUUUAGUGGAAGUGCACGAGAUGCUCCACGGUGCGUGCAGGACUGUACUGUUGAGCUGAACACACACACGCUCCGUUUCCCUUAGCUACAAGAAGGAACACUUUUACAAACCCAAAACGGGAGCUUUAAAUACAUUCUAAACAAAUAAGUGCCGCUAAAGCUUUUUUCGAAUACCGCAAGGAUGGACGCAUCCAUCAUCAUCCCAGCCAUAUUCUUCACUGUCGUUGCCGUCGUGGUGGCAGCCAAGUUUUUGAACAAGAAGAGCGAAGCACCGGCCGCGACAAAGAAAGGUCCCAUCGAAUAUGCAGAUAUCAUCCCACCUUCACGGGCCCUGGGAGUGGUGAAGCCCAAGGUAGAAGCGCCACCGGUCGUAGCGAAAAAAGAAGUUCAAGUUAAGGCCGAAGUCAAAGAAGUUGUCAAAGUCGCCCCUAAAGAGGAGCCCGUGGCUGUGGCCCCCGUUGUCGAGGAGGUUCCAGUUGUUGAGAAGCAGCCCGCUAAAGAGCCCGAAAUUGUUCCCGAAAUUGUGCCUGAGGUCCAGCAUGUUCCAGAGCCAGAGCCUGUUCCAGAGCCCAUCGUAGAACCUGUUCCAGAACCAGUUCCAGAACCAGAACCAGAGGUUCUUGCCCCAGAACCAGAGGUCCUUGCCCCAGAACCAGAGCCAGAGGUUGAACCCAUCCCGGAGCCUGAGGCGGUCCCUGUGGCCCCAGUAGAGGAGCCCCUCCCUGAUCUCAUCCUAGAACCUGAGCCCGUAGCUGUGGUGGAGGAGGUGAUCGCAGAACCGGAGCCUGUCUCAGAACCAGAACCAGAACCAGUGGACAUAGAGCACAACGACGUGGCUGCAGCUGAGGACAGCGUGACUCCUAAGUUCACCCCCGGCAAGAAGAAGAGCAAGUUUGAGAAGCUCAUGACCAAGGAGGAGAUGGAGGAGGAACAGAGGAUAGAGCUCACGUCCGAUCUUACUUCUCUCUAAGCACCGUCUCCCAGAAUGUGUUAGGAAGAAAGGAGAGGAGCAGCUGAAUAAGACAUCGAUGGAGCGUCAACCUUUACUCUCUCUCUCUCCCCCUCUCUCUUCCCCUCCCUCUCUCCCUCCCUCCCCCUCUCUCUCACUUGUUCUUUUUUACAUCUCUCUCUCUUUCUUUCUUUUCUGUCUUGAAGACCGAUCGUUGAAGAGCCAACGCAAAGAUCAUCUCAAACUCUGUUGCUCGUCUGUCCCCCAUUCUGCCUAUACGGAAGAUAACCUCUCCUUGUCUGUCGUCCUUUAUAUCCUCUCUUUAUCCAUCUGGAUGUAAAAGGGCACCGCUUAAGUACCAGCCUGUUAAUAGCAAACUGAAUUACAAACACACCAGUGUGCCUGUAUGCGUUGUCUUUUCCCUCUGUUCGCUGUCUGGGGUGUAGUCGUUAGCUAGAAUAGAGGUUAGAACAUGAAUCCAACUCACUCAACUUAAGGGAGCUUGUUUUCUCUGACCACAGGAAGAGCUAGUGAGACCAGGGGCGUGUCCAGACAUUUUAUUGAUAUUGGGGUGGCCAAUCAGAUUUCAGGGGUGGCCCGUCCACUCUAGGCCACUCCCUGAACACGCCACAGAGUGAGACCUCCCCAACAUGAAUCUGUCUGGGGAAGGUCUGAAGGUAAACAUUAGUCAUGGUCACAAAACAUAUUUUUAUGUGUACGGUUAGAGUCUAGAUCUACCGCUGUCAAGUGAGGGAAACGCAACCGGUGCUUUGACAGUAAGACGUGGUCAGUCUCCAUGAUGGAGGUUGGGGAUCGGGAAAGAGUCAGUGUCAUAUUUUUCUUUUUUGUGUUUUCGCUUUGUUAUAUAGCCCUAAUUAUGAAGCUGUGAUCUUAACAAGAGACAUGUGAUGAUGGACAUGUGAAGGUAAAUCACCAGUCCAACCCCCCCCCUGUCUGUAAACUCUCUACUGCCACCCAUAGGACAUCUACUGAACUGCAUAACAUACAUGCCAGUCAUCACUAUUGGUUGUAAGCAUUCGUACACUAAUCCGUGCUCAGAUGUUUCAAAACUCCAGAGCAGUAGUCUAUAGGUGUGGCACAACCGUUAUGAGAAUGGCCACCUUGUGCCAAAGGAUCUGUGGAAAUACUCUGCAGGAAAGAACACAGUGUUACUAACACAGUGUUAGGCUAGUCCUGUCUGGGAGAUGUCGUUCUGAUAUCUUGAGAUGGCAAAUCUCUUUUUCUCUCCUCAGCUCUCCUAUCCAUGUCUGUCCCACUCCUGAGUCACUUUACAUGUAACCAAUGCACACUGACAAUGAAUGGGGUUCUUUCUCCCAGUAUGGGACUGGAGUGUUUGUAAGUAGAAUGGUGAAAAAUAAAACAAAUUAUACUAUGCAAAAAAAGUGGCAUAAAUGUAUGAGAAACCAUAGUGAUUUUGUAGAGAGUUUGUUUUGUAGUUCUUUUAUUGGGAGGGCUUUUGUAAACUCUUGAUAAUUAAAAGCCUGUUUGUCUGAAAAA